CAGUGUACCAGGCGCUCUCUCAAGUGGUAGUAGAUAGCAUAUUCGAGAAUCUACAAUGGCAUUCGUGACCGGUUUUAGGCGGGCAAUACAAAAGUUGUCUUCAUUGAGUGUUUAUCAAUUCUCACGUAGGACAACUAAACAUCAUGUAGGGGGAUUUCUUUUGGGCACUGGCAUAAUGACCGUUGGAACAUUAACAGUGGCCCAAAUGGAAUCUAGGAGUCACCGGAAACUAAAUACUGCGAUUUACAUGGCGGAACCAAUAACGGACGCGGAACAAUUGCUAAAUUCUGAAGAUGAUAUGAAAACGAAAAUGGAACUGCUAAUUCUAAAGAUACAGGCUGAUUUCUGUAGAGCUCUUGAGGCAGAAGAGUACGCUGGCCAAAAGUUCAAAGUGGAUAGAUGGUUACGCAAUGAAGGUGGGGGAGGCAUUACUUGCGUUUUACAAGAUGGAGAAGUCUUUGAAAAAGCCGGAGUUAAUAUUUCCGUGGUUAAAGGUCAUCUGCCUCCUCCAGCUGUACAGCAAAUGCGCUCUCGUGGUAAGAAGCUGAGUGAAGGCAGCAAGUUGCCAUUCUUUGCUGCCGGUGUUAGCGCCGUUAUUCAUCCGCGUAAUCCCAUGGUGCCAACCAUACACUUUAAUUAUCGCUACUUUGAAGUGAUUGACGCAGAUGGAUCUAAACAAUGGUGGUUCGGAGGAGGAACUGAUCUAACGCCAUACUAUUUGGAUGAAGAUGAUGCCGUAUCCUUCCACAAGACAUUGAAAGAUGCUUGUGAUCAAAGUGAUCUAGGGUAUUACCCCAAAUUUAAAAAGUGGUGUGAUGAAUAUUUUCGAAUUACACAUCGGGGAGAAUGCCGUGGUAUCGGAGGAAUUUUCUUUGAUGAUAUUGACGCUCCCAGUCAAGAGGAGGCCUACAAAUUUGUUUCCGAUUGUGCUCAUGCGGUUAUACCUUCCUAUUUACCAAUUGUCAGGCGACAUAAAAACGAUGCUUAUGGCGACAGGGAAAGACAAUGGCAAUUGUUGCGUCGUGGACGUUAUGUUGAGUUUAAUUUGAUAUAUGACCGUGGAACUAAGUUUGGUCUUUAUACGCCUGGUGCGAGGUAUGAAAGUAUAUUGAUGUCGUUGCCACUAACAGCCCGGUGGGAAUAUAUGCACUCACCUCCUGCAAAUUCGAAGGAAUUGAAACUUGUUGAAAUUUUGAAGAACCCUAAGGAUUGGAUCUAA